UCUAAACAUUUACUCUUGUGGAUCUCACAAGCAACACUUCCCGAGACAGAACCGUUGGACUUUUUUUGUUGUUGGACGUCUACAUAAGAAGCUUUCUGAGGAAACAUGGUAGCAGCUGGUUUACAGAUGUUGGGCAUUGCCCUCUGCAUCAUUGGCUGGAUCGGGGCCAUUGUUACCUGUGCUCUGCCCCAAUGGAAAGUGACCGCUUUCGUGGGCCAGAACAUUGUCACUGCUCAAACCACUUGGGAGGGCAUCUGGAUGACCUGCGUGGUCCAGAGCACGGGCCAGAUGCAGUGCAAGGUCUACGACUCCAUGCUGGCUCUUUCCCGGGACCUCCAGGCCGCUCGGGCCCUCAUCAUCAUCUCUAUCCUGAUCGGCAUCAUCGGCAUCCUCCUGUCCAUUGCGGGGGGCAAGUGCACCAACUGCGUGGAGGACGAAGCAGCCAAAGCCAAAAUCAGCGUUGCAUCUGGCAUCAUCUUCAUCAUCGCUGGUGUCCUGUGCCUCAUCCCCGUGUCCUGGACAGCAAACACCAUCAUUAACAACUUCUACAACCCACUCAUGGUCAACCCUCAGAAGAAGGAGCUGGGGGCUAUGGUUUCUCAGGGGAUUCAGAUCGUUGGCAUAUCGAUGUCUCUGAUUGGCUGGUUAAUGGUCGUGGUGGUGUGCGCCCUACCCAUGUGGAAGGUGACUGCUUUCAUUGGGGCCAACAUCAUCACGGCUCAGACCAUCUGGCAGGGCAUGUGGAUGAACUGUGUGGUGCAGAGCACAGGUCAGAUGCAGUGCAAGGUGUACGACUCCAUGCUGGCUCUGUCGCAGGACCUGCAGGCCGCACGCGCCAUGAUCAUCAUCUCCAUCCUGACUGGGAUCUUCGGAGUGGUGUUGUCAGUCGCCGGAGGGAAGUGCACUAACUGCAUCGAGGACGAGCGAGCCAAGGCCAAGACGUGCAUCUUGGCUGGAGUUCUCUUCAUCGUCUCGGGUGUGCUCUGUCUCAUUCCGGUCUCCUGGUCGGCCAACACCAUCAUCAGAAACUUCUACAACCCGAUGGUGAUUAAUGCCCAGAGGUACGAGCUGGGAGCGGCGCUCUACAUCGGCUGGGCGGCUUCUGCACUGCUGCUAAUGGGAGGGGGGCUUCUGUGCUGGAACUGCCCACCCAAACACCAACAGCACCCCCACUAUGUGCCCAAAUUCACACCUGUGAAGUCAAUGUCUACGUCAAGAGAAUAUGUGUGAAAGUCUUUUGUCUUUUUCCCUACGUGGAGUUUCAAUGUGACUGGAAACACAGCAGUGGGAAAUGAAAAUUUGCUUUAGCGCUUAGGUUAAAACAUAUAUUAACAGGAAGUGCAAAUAUGCUGUGAGCUCUUUCUGCAGUUAGUGUAUUUAGCUAGUUGACCCUCAUCUCAGGGGACGUUUCCUGUGACAGUUUCUGUUGGUCACGCCUUGGUGGAACAAUGUCAUCAUCAAUGUUAGCAUUAGCAUUGUAAUGUAAAAAAAACAACAACUCCUAGACUGAUUUGGUCUUGUAAAUAUUUCGUCUGAUUAUCCUUGUGGUUCUAACUGUUUUUAUUGCGAUUUUAUUGCGUUUCCUUCAUGUUUGACCUUUUGACUCUUUUUUUUUUUUUUCUCUCACACAUCUUUCUUGUGUUGAGCAUUUCAAAAAUAUAAAAUAAAAAAAUGUAUUGUCUGUGACAUUUAAGCACCAGACCCUGUGGGAGUUUCCGUGUUCGUUUGGGGGAGAUUGUACUUUUCUAUCCCUGUAAAUAAAGCACAUUGUUAUUGAA